CAAAAACAAUGUUUUCUUAAGGGCGAAAUGAACGAGAAGUCUAUCGUAAACGUGACGUCACUUCCAACUGGUCCCAACAGUUUAAUCGAACCUAAGUGUUUCAGGUGAACACGAGACAGACAGGUGUGAAGAAAACGAGGCUCAGGAAAUGAUGUCAUUAGGCCCCUCCCACCCCUCACCUGAACAGAGGGGUAGGGCCAGACUGAAGCUGUCUGUACAGACAGGGGAAAAAAAACAAGGAACCGUUCACAACCUGUUUGUCUUUGACGGAAAACAUUUUUAUGUGAAAACGAGAAUCCAGAUUGCACAGGAUCUUAUUAAACAACUUUAAAAAAUGGACGUCCCAGAAAAUUCCCCAGGGAUUAUGGGACUUCUGAAAACUUUUGAAGCUUCAGAGUUUGGGAGUUGGGAGAAGAUUGGCUCCGGCGGCUUCGGACAGGUGUACAAAGUACGACAUAUGCAGUGGAAAACAUGGUUGGCGAUCAAAUGCCCUCCUAGCCUUCAUUCAGAUGACAAGGAGCGUGCCGAACUUUUAGAGGAGGCCAAAAAGAUGGAGGCGGCUAAGUUCCGCUACAUCCUCCCUGUAUACGGCAUCUGCAGCGAUCCGCAGGGACUGGUGAUGGAAUACAUGGAGACGGGCUCUUUGGAAACCCUGCUGGCCUCGGAGCCACUGCCCUGGGAGCUGCGUUUCCGUAUCAUCCACGAGACGUCGGUGGGGAUGAACUUCCUGCACUGCAUGAACCCGCCCCUCCUUCAUCUCGACCUCAAACCUGCCAACAUCCUGCUGGACGCACACUACCACAUCAAGAUUUCUGACUUCGGUCUGGCGAGGUGGAAUGGCUUUGCUAGGAACGACGAUAUUAGCCGUGACGGGUUUUGUGGCACCAUCGCCUACCUUCCUCCAGAAAGGAUCAUUGAAAAAGACAGAAUCUCUGACACUAAACACGAUGUGUACAGUUUUUCCAUUGUUAUCUGGGGAAUCCUCGCUCAGAAGAAGCCAUAUCAAGGAGAGAAUAACAUCCUGCACAUAAUGGUUAAGGUAGUGAAGGGCGUUCGUCCAGAUCUCAGCCUCAUUCCCCGCAGUCGUCCCCAGGCCUGCUCAGGGUUCCUGUACCUUAUGCAGAAAUGCUGGGCACAUUCCCCUGAAGCCCGACCCAGUUUUCAAGAGAUCACAUCAGAAGCUGAGGAGCUCUGCACCAAACCUCAUGAUGAGUCAAGAGCUUCUAUUUCUUCAGAACCAGACUGUUCCCCUUGCCCUGCCCCAGCCUCCAGUGAACAGACAAACAACCAAAUGCCAGUGAGGCCGAAGUCAGCCAUGUUACCUGAGAAAGACUACAGCCUGUCCGAGCUGCUGUGUCAGAUUGACUCCGGCUUGUCUCGCAGUUUUAGCAAUGUCAAAGAAGAGUCCCUCGAGAGCAAAGACAACACCAGCAAGAGACUGUCAGGCAUCUCCUCUGUGGACUCGGCUUUCUCAUCCCAAGGCUCGAUUACAUUGUCCUUUGAGAAAGAAAAUGCUGUAAAUGAAUCCAGUGAGUUACAGAGGAAGAAACUUUGUGAAGCCAUUCGCACUGAAGACAUCGCCAAGCUAAUGAAGAUCCUCCAGCCUCAAGAUGUUGACUUGCUCUUGGAGGGCGGCAGCAACCUGCUCCACUUCGCAGUGAGCCUGGCCAAUGAGGAGGCAGUAAAGUUUCUGCUGCUUAGCAACUGCAACCCUAAUUUGCCCAAUAUUCACGGAGCCACGCCCCUCCACCUGGCUGCCGAAAAGCGGCUGAAGGGAGUGUCUGACAUUCUCCUGAGCCGCAAGACGACAAAUGUCAACGCCAAGGAUGAGGACCAGUACACACCUCUACACUUUGCAGCGCAGAACGGCGAUGAAGCCCUGACCCGCUUACUCCUAGACCGAAAUGCUUCCAUUAACGAAAUAGACGCUCAGGGCCGGACGCCGGCGCAUAUCGCCUGCCACCACGGACAGGAGAAUGUGUUGAGGGUCUUGCUGAGUCGUGGAGCUGACAUCCAUGUGAAAGGUAAAGAUGACUGGACAGCGCUACACCUUGCUGCCUGGAAAGGCCAUUUGGGAAUAGUGAAGCUCCUGGUGAAGCAGGCCGGUGCAGAUAUUGAUGGUCAGACAUCGGACGGGCGCACUCCGCUCCAUCUAGCGUCUCAAAGAGGCCAGUACCGGGUGGCACGGAUCCUGGUGGAGCUUGGCGCUAACGUGCAUCUAACCUCUGAUGGCCUCCACAGUCCGCUUCACGUGGCUGCGGAAACCGGCCACACCAGCACUUCAAGGCUGCUUGUGAAACACGGCGCCGAUAUUCACAGCCAAACCGCUAGCGGCUGCACCGCCCUGCACCUGGCCGCACAGAAAGGCCAUCUGCCAACAGUUAAAAUGCUUCUGGGAGGGGGUGCUGACCCUGAGAGCGUUAACCACGGUCUUCGCACGGCAUGUCACCUGGCCGCUGAGAACGGCCACUGCGAGGUCCUCAAAGAGCUUCUGCAGAGCUGCCCCGACAUCGCCAGUACCCAAGACCGGAAUGGAUUCACUCCGCUUCACCUGGCUGUACGCGGUGGCUACAAAGACGCCAUCUGCGUCCUGCUCAAACGUGGUGCCGAUGCUGCACCGCUGUCCCCGCAGCCCGCUGGAGAACAUACGUUCGACUACACCUCGGAAUCUGAGCCAGAGAGUCCGAAUCCUUUCACCCCCACAAAACUCCAGAGGAAAGUGGUCGUUCUGAAACUCACCAGCCACAAAAACACUGACAGCUCACUGGUCCCUGGUGAAUCGGCACUUUGUUGAGGGUCCUACUGUGGUUUGAACUCAUGUACUCCAGGAACAAACCUUUGCCAAUAUGCUCAUAGACACUUUCUCCCUCUUUUUUUUUUAUUUCUACUUUAUAAAAACUGACAGAUGCUGAAAAAGAGGGACUUAAUGUACAUGUUGUAAUUACUCGGUUAUCGAAAUAUUGACAUUUUCUCCAGCGUUUGGGCUCUUGUUGGCUUUCCCCCUUAAUAAUGGAGUUGUUUUGUAAUUGGAAAGGCAUUUAUGUGUAUGUAUAUAUAUAUAUAUAUAUAUAUAUCUGUACUGUAGAUAGAGCCUGGAUCUUGUUCUACCUUUAACUUCCUUUCAUUUCCAUGCCAUGUUUAUCCCUUGCUGUUCUUGAUGUAUGUCUUUGAUUUCAUCGUUUGCUUCUUCUUGUUACCCGAGUGAUUGAUGCAAUGAAAGCAACCCCAAAAUUGUUUAGACAUUUCUAUUGUAGCAUAUUAGAAUAAGCUUACCCUAUAUCAGCCUAAUAUUGCACUUCAGAGCUAUAAUUUAAACAGAAAUGACAACACUGUGGUGCCAGUUAUGUAAUUAAAGUGGUUCACUCAAAUAAAGAUGUGCAUUUAUAGAGCCAUUUGGCUCAUUCCAUGGGAACAUGCCCUCAGGAGGAUCACAGGUGUGGGUAGACAGUGUAGGGGGGAGGGCUGUAUCCCAUGUACCCUCAUGUUCAGACCAUUGGCUCAUUCCUGAGACCACUUUAUCUUUUCAUCACUCUGUAAAACCAUUGCGCCAAGCCCUAUUUUAUGCCAAGGGGGGCAUAGCCAUCAUUACCCUUCACUGUCUGGAACAGACAGCCUUGUAAUUGCUAGGUCUUUAAACUUCUGUUGAACUCUGAGUCUUUUAGAUGUGAUUCUGUGAUGUUGUUUUUAGAAUCCAUGCAUUUGUAUAAAUGAACUCUUCUGUAGCAAACCAGUCAGUAAUCCAAUGCCAACACCUUUUUUAGGUUUUACCUUGACUUUUUGUAAUUAGUUGAUAAAGCUGCCUUGUUAUUUCCUUUUUGUAUACUUUUGAAUACUCAUUUAUCCAUAGUGUUUGCACAUAUUUGCACACUUUUAUAUUUUAUGAAAAAUUAAAGUGCAUCACAUGUAUAAAGUA